UUUACAAAAAAGGAUCCUUUCCACCACAAUGGCAUGUUGCUAGAAUAAAAAUAAAAAUUAAUUGUAUUUAUGUAAUCAAAAUUGCAUAUUGGAUAGUAGGUGCAAUCGGUAACCUUGUAAUUAAGAUCCAAAGAUCUAUAAAUAGAAUAAUUAUAGAGAAGGAUAGAGGUCGCAUUGGAGUGCAAGACACAGUAAUUAGGUGCAGUAUUCACUAACUAAAGAUAAAAAAUAUAUUUCUUCCGAUUUAAUGUGGCGAGGGAGUAGCAUAUAUAACGGAAUAAAUUGAAGAAGAAAGUGAGAAGAACAAUGAAGACAAUUGAGAUAGAAAACAUGAAACCAGAUUAUGAUGAUGAUGAUGAUACUAAUAUCAACUACAGAGGGUGGAAGGUCAUGCCCUUCAUCAUAGGAAAUGAAACUUUUGAGAAAUUGGGAGCAAUUGGAACAUUAACAAACCUGUUGGUGUAUCUUACAACAGUAUUCAACCUGAACAACAUCACAGCUGCAAAAAUCAUCAAUAUAUUCAGUGGCAGCACCAACUUUGCUACUUUGCUUGGUGCUUUCUUUUCUGAUGCAUUUUUUGGUCGUUACAACACCUUAGCAUUUUGCUCUAUUGCUUCCCUUCUGGGAUUGGUUGCAAUACAACUAACAUCAGUAUUCAAGAAUUUGCAUCCACCACACUGUGAAAAGGAAAGCCUCACAUGCAAAGGUCCAACAACUGGCCAAAUGGCUUUUCUAAUAUCAGGAUUUGGUCUACUCUUAGUAGGUGCAGCAGGGAUUAGACCGUGUAAUUUAGCAUUUGGGGUUGAUCAGUUCAACCCCAAAACAGAUUCAGGAAAGAAAGGAAUCAAUAGUUUCUUCAAUUGGUAUUUCUUUACAUUCACUUUUGCACAGAUGGUGUCUUUAACACUAAUUGUUUAUAUUCAAUCAAAUGUGAGUUGGGCUAUUGGUUUGGGAACUCCUGCUGCUUUGAUGUUCAUAUCAUGUGUUCUGUUUUUCAUGGGAACUAAAUUGUAUGUUAAAGUUAAACCAAGUGGUAGUCCUGUCACUAGUAUUGUUCAAGUCAUAGUUGUUGCUGUCAAGAAAAGAAGACUUAAACUACCUUCGGAGCAUCCAAUGCUUUCACUCUUUGAUUAUGUUCCACCCAAAAGUAUUAAUUCAAAGCUUCUUUAUACAUAUCAAUUCAGGGUAUUGGACAAAGCUGCAAUGAUUACCCAAGAAGACAAAAUAAAUCCAGAUGGUUCAGCAGCUGAUCCAUGGAGCCUAUGCAGCAUGCAACAAGUGGAAGAGUUGAAGUGUUUGCUAAGAGUGUUACCAAUAUGGUUUUCAGCCAUUUUGUACUCUCUAGUAGUUGUUCAACAAAACACUCUCCUUGUGUUUCAAGCCCUUCAAUCAAAUAGACGAAUCGGAAACAGCAACUUCAAGAUUCCUGGUGCAUCUUAUUCCGUCUUCUUAAUGCUAAGCAUGACCUUAUGGUUACCAUUCUAUGAUAGAAUAGUUGUUCCAUUACUUCGAAAAAUUACUGGAAAAGACAGCGGCAUAACAAUCCUUCAAAGGAUGGGAGUUGGCAUGUUUCUGUCUAUAAUAUGCAUGCUUGUAUCUGCAUUUGUUGAAACUCAAAGAAGACACUUAGCUAUAACAAAUCCUAUAGGAAUUCAACCGAGAAAAGGCGCCAUUUCAUCGAUGUCGGGUUUUUGGUUGAUUCCUCAGUUAAUUCUAGCAGGACUAGCUGAAACAUUCGCUUCUGUUGGACAAAUUGAAUUUUACUAUAAACAGUUUCCUGAGAAUAUGAAAAGCAUUGGAGGGUCACUUUUUUAUUGUGGCAUGGCAGGGUCAAGUUAUUUGAGUGCUUCUCUAAUUUCAAUUGUUCAUAGAACUACAUCUAAAUCUGCAACAGGAAAUUGGUUACCAGAAGAUCUUAAUAAGGGAAGAUUGGAAUUCUUUUAUUAUAUGGUUGCAGCAUUAGAAUUGUUGAACUUUUUGUACUUUCUUACGUGUUCCAAAUGGUAUAAAUAUAGAGAAACUAGCAGCACUAGCAUUGGUAAAGCAUGAAAAUAUAAUGAUAGGUAGUGUAUGAAGUUGUGCUCUUUUUAAUAUUGUUGUAUGGAUUGAUCAGUAUCCUUUUAUUGUAA